CGAGCUGCAGCUCCAGCUCUCGUGUCCGUCACGUACCCGCAGACAUCAGCCAGGAAACCUCGUGCCACCAAGAGAAAAAUGGCGUUCCGCAGAACCAUUGCUCGGAGCAUAUGGGCAGCCAAGAACGCGGCCACCUGUGCCGCGGCCGUGCCCAAGCCGCCGCCUCCCAUCCGCCCGGCGAGGCAGACCCUGCCGGCGGUGGAGGACUGCCCCACGCUCGCAUUCCUGCGCCCGCGCCCGGUCACCGCCCGCUACUCCACCGUGUCCGUCCCGCUCCCGCACCAUUGCUUCCCCGCCUUCCCCGUCGGCGACCAGCUGUUCAGCCGCCUCGUCGACGGGCUCACGCCGCCGCCUGCGGCCGUGGCGUGGAGGCCCGUGGAGACGGGCGUGACGCUGCAGGAGGCCAUGAAGGUGGCGAGGGCGGCGGAGAUGGAGGCGGCGCGCGCCACGCUGAGGGCCAACCCCCAGAGCGUCGUGUCCAGGUCCGAGUACGCGGCGCUCUGCGUCGACAUUGCGGGCGGCGCGGAGGGCGGGCGCAGGCUCGCCGCGGCGCUCGACGAGUCCGGGGUCGUCAUCGUCCUCGCCGACGCCGUCUUCCUCCGCCCAGACCAGGUCGCGAAGGCGAUCGGGAGCAUGCUGCCGGCGCCGUCCGCGGCCGGCGACGACGACGCCGAGGAGCUGCGCGCGCUGGAGCGGCAGAAGGCCGCCAUCGACGCCAAGGCGUCGGCGCAGGUGCGGCGCGAGCUGUGGUGCGGGCUGGGCCUGCUGGCGGCGCAGACGCUGGGGUUCAUGCGGCUCACGUUCUGGGAGCUGUCGUGGGACGUGAUGGAGCCCGUGUGCUUCUACGUCACGUCCAUCUACUUCAUGUCCGGCUACACCUUCUUCAUGCGGACGGCCACGGAGCCGUCCUUCGAGGGCUUCUACCGGAGCCGCUUCGCGUCCAGGCAGCGCCGCCUCAUGCGUGCCCGCAACUUCGACGUCGCCCGGUACAACGCUCUCAAGCAAGGGGAGCGGCGCGGCGGCUCCGGCUCUGCGGAUCACGGCGACUGCGACGCCGACGUGUUUAGGCACGCCACGCACGCACAUCAGUAGCGUCCUUCUUCCAGGGAACUCUGGAGAUACAGGCUAACUAGUUUGAGACGUAGUAACAAAAAAAUGAAAAAAACGGAGUAGUUUGAGACGUGUAGGUUGUAGAGUCCAGUGCUUAUCUGGACUCACCGAUUGAUGGUCCAUGGCACAAAAAAUUCACCGAUGUCUGAGCUUGUUUGUAACUUGUACUAGUAAUUGUAAAAUUCACCAUUUUUAUCGUGAAAACUGGAUCGAACAUUUUUAA